CGGAUGUGAUUGGUCUGGGAGCUCGGAAAGCCACUGCGUCGCCGGAACCUCGCAACGCAUAACUUUUCAAUCCUCCAACUCCUGCCGACAAGUUCUUGCCGUGCACCCUGGACCAAGGAUAAAAGGAAAAGGAAUUAAUAAAAGGAUACCGGGUCAUCAUGUCGAGCGAAUCGUCGUUGCCUCAACCCGCGAAGAACAUCGUUGUCGACACUGCUUCGCUCCCCGCCUCUUCCUCUGCGUCGGUAUGGGACCGCGUCUCGAAAUGGGUGUCGGAAAAUAAGGCUCUGGUUUACACCAUUGCCGGUGUGGCCGUCGUCGUGACCAGCGCUGGUGUCGUUUACUACCUCUCCGACACCGGCCGCACGGCUCAAGCUCCUGCGCCCCCGAAGAAGAGCAAGAACCAGCGACGAAAGGAGAAGGAGAGGAAGAAGGCCGAGGAGGAAAAGAAGGCCAAGGCUGCCUCCGUCCAGGAUGAACCCGCAGCAAAGAAGGCCGAGGAGCCUGCCGAGGAGAUCCCCGAUGUUGACGAGACCACUGUUGGAGAGCUGUCGGAAGAGACACGUAAGAACUACGCCGCCAAGCUGAAGGCUGCCGGUAACAAGGCCUACGGUUCCAAAGAAUACAACAAAGCGAUUGAUCUCUACGGAAAGGCCAUUAUCUGCAAGCCCGACCCUGUCUUCUACUCCAACCGCGCUGCCUGCUACAACAUUCUGUCGGAAUGGGAGAAGGUCAUCGAGGACACGAGCGCCGCUCUCGCCAUGGACAGUGAAUACGUCAAGGCCCUGAACCGGAGAGCCAUCGCAUACGAACACCUGGAGAAGUACAGCGAAGCCCUUUUGGACUUCACCGCCAGCUGCAUCAUCGACGGCUUCUCCAACGAGGUCAGCCGCAACUCUCUUGAGCGCCUGUUGAAGAAGGUGGCCGAGCAGAAGGGCAAGGCCAUCGUCGAGGCCAAGGGCAAGAAGCUUCCUAGCCCUACUUUCGUUUCCAACUACCUUCAGAGCUUCCGCCCUCAGCCUCUCCCCGAGGGUCUCGAGGAGUCCGUCGAGCUGAGCGAGGAUUCUGGCAAGGGCCUGUUGCGCAAGGGUCUGAUUGCCAUGGCCAAGAAGACCGGGGACGGGUACGAAGAGGCCUCCGCUUCGUUUGAGAAGGCCCUGGAAGUCGGUGACCUGGGCGAAUUCGAAGCCUUGGCCCUCAACCUCCGAGCCACCUUCACCUACCUUUCCGGCAACGCGCAGGCGGCCCUGCUUGACCUGAACAAGAGUGUUGAAUUGCAGCCUUCCCUGGUGCAGAGCUACAUCAAGCGCGCUAGCUUGCAUUUGGAACUUGGAAACAAGGACUCUGCCGCCGACGACUUCGAGGUCGCCAUCUCCCACAACAAGGACGACCCCGACAUCUACUACCACCGUGCCCAGCUUCACUUCAUCCUGGGUGAGUUCGCCGAGGCCGCCAAGGACUACCAGAAGUCCAUCGACCUCGACCGCACCUUCAUCUACUCUCACAUUCAGCUCGGUGUGACGCAGUACAAGAUGGGCUCCGUGGCGUCCGCCAUGGCUACCUUCAGACGGUCCGUGAAGAACUUCGAGGAUGUGCCCGACGUUUACAACUACUACGGCGAACUUCUCCUUGACCAGCAGAACUUCUCCGAGGCCAUCGAGAAGUUCGACAAGGCCGUGGAGAUGGAGAAGCAGAGCAAGCCUCUGGGUAUCAACGUCCUGCCGCUUAUCAACAAGGCCCUGGCCCUCUUCCAGUGGAAGGGCGACUUCCCCGAGGCCGAGAACCUGUGCAAGAAGGCUUUGAUCAUUGAUCCCGAGUGUGACAUCGCCGUAGGAACUAUGGCCCAGCUCCUCUUGCAGCAGGGUAAGGUCUCUCAGGCGCUCAAGUACUUUGAGCGGGCGGCGGAGCUUGCUCGUACGGAGGCUGAGAUCAUCAAUGCUAUCUCAUAUGCCGAGGCCACCCGGACACAACUCGAAGUGCAGGAGAAAUACCCCCAGCUUGCCGCUCGUCUCUCCAACAUGGGCGCUGGCUUUGGCGGCGCCCCCGGCCUGUAAAAAGAAGGCAAGAGAAAAGCAAUUUACGGAAGAAGCGGUCUUUCUUUGCCCAAAUCUGUUGAGAUGACCAUGAGCCAUUAGUUGGAUUAAUGUUUUGUUUCUCUUUGUUCUUUCUCCCUCUCUCCUCUCUCUUCUUCUUGGCCACCUGUGAGCCACAAGUGGGUAAGUGCUAGUUCUAGCCUGACUCUUAUUCCUUUUCAUGUUGGUCCGAUAUGUCGGGGCGCCGGGGACCAUUCCUUGCCUAUGUAUUUACUAUCUCUUUGGGGGUUUCCGUUCUGUUAUUUUUUCAUUUCCUUUUUCCUUUUCUCUUUUUCCUUUUCUCUCCCAUCGUGUUAAAUUCCCCGAUAUCAUUUUAGUAUCCUCCUUCUUUACAAGUGUUGGUGGCAUUUAGCGAGGACGGGAUGCGAUGCUAGCAGCACGGGGACAUAUUCUUGUAUAGGAAGAAAGGCUGGACGUGAUCAGGACGGUAGAAAUGGGGGCUUGAUAGUUGAUUGGGAGGCAGUAGAGGAGGGGGUGAAAACCAACAACUGCACUGUACCAUAGCGAAUGCCAGAGUCUUAUUGCGACGCCUUCCGGGCAUCUCCGCGCCG